GAGAGAAAGAGGUUUAAAGGGACGAGAGGAGCCGCUGCCGAUGGACGGCCUGCUGGGGGGCAGGCCCCGGGGGGGCCCCCACCUCUGAAGCACCCCGGGGGUGGGAGGAAAGACAGCUCAGGAGUGACGGAUUGCCGUCGGCCGAUUCCACCCCUCUUCCGCCAUGUCGUCGUCUUCUCCAAAGAGUGCCCCGUUGGAGGUGCCGGCCGGAGUCCCGGCGGGACUGGCGAGAGGACUGACGUCCCACUAGCACGGCGCAUGCGGGUGGAGCGUCGCCCCCUGACGCCCUCCCCUCCUCUUCCUCCUCCUCCACUGCCACCCGUGAUGGUUUACUAACCCAGAAGACGCCAGCUUCUGAUUGGCUCCUCUCCUUCCCCCUCCAUCUCCCUCCCCUCCCCCUGACCCGCAACCCCACCUCAAGUUUCGGCUGUGUUGGGAUUUGUAUGGAAUCGACGUAAUCGUGGAGAGGCCGGGGUAUCACAAACUUAUGGAUUUUGAUAAGAGAGGAGGGAAAGGGGAGAGCGAGGAAAGCAAAAGGAUGUCUAAAACAGGUGGAGGCCGGAGCACUCACGGGAGCCGAACGGCAGGGACCAACUCCGGAGUCUUAAUGGUGGGCCCCAACUUCCGGGUCGGGAAGAAGAUCGGCUGCGGCAACUUUGGGGAGCUUCGGCUAGGGAAGAACCUCUACACGAAUGAAUAUGUAGCGAUCAAGCUGGAACCGAUCAAGUCCAGAGCGCCUCAGCUGCACUUGGAAUACCGGUUCUACAAACAGCUUGGCAAUGCAGAAGGAAUCCCUCAGGUUUACUACUUUGGCCCGUGCGGGAAGUACAACGCCAUGGUCUUGGAGCUGCUGGGGCCCAGCCUGGAAGACCUCUUCGACCUCUGCGACCGGACGUUCACGCUCAAGACGGUCCUCAUGAUCGCCAUCCAAUUGAUCACACGGAUGGAGUACGUUCACACCAAAAGCCUGAUCUACAGAGACGUCAAGCCCGAGAACUUCUUGGUGGGGCGCCCGGGAAGCAAACGGCAACACACCAUUCACAUCAUCGACUUCGGCCUGGCCAAAGAAUACAUUGACCCCGAGACCAAAAAACACAUCCCCUACCGAGAGCACAAGAGCUUGACAGGGACGGCCCGAUACAUGAGCAUCAACACACACCUCGGGAAAGAACAAAGCCGCCGAGAUGACCUGGAAGCAUUAGGUCACAUGUUCAUGUACUUCCUGCGUGGGAGCCUGCCCUGGCAAGGCCUCAAGGCGGACACACUGAAGGAACGGUAUCAGAAGAUCGGCGACACCAAAAGAGCCACGCCCGUCGAAGUGCUGUGUGAAAACUUCCCCGAGGAGAUGGCCACGUACCUCCGCUAUGUCCGGCGCCUGGAUUUCUUUGAGAAGCCAGACUACGACUACCUGCGGAAGCUCUUCACUGACCUGUUUGAUCGGAACGGCUUCGUCUUCGAUUACGAAUACGACUGGGCGGGUAAACCCUUACCGACCCCCAUCGGCACGAUCCAGAGUGACGUACAAGUCCAGCCUCCGAACAGAGAGAAAGCACAGCAGUUCAUCAAGCAGCAGCAGUCACCCGAGGGGACCGAAUUAUGGGAUCCCCAGGCUGGGCGGCAGCCCGCUGAGGAGGCCAUAGGAACUCUCCUGGCAGCCAGCAGGCUUGGGGGUUCUGUGCAGGUAAUGAGCUCAACCAAUGGGGAGCUGAACACGGAUGAUCCGACCGCUGGCCACUCCAACGCCCCCAUCACCGCCCCUGCCGAAGUCGAGGUGGCCGACGACACAAAGUGCUGCUGUUUCUUCAAGAGAAGAAAGAGGAAAACCAUCCAGCGCCACAAGUGAUGCCCCUGCCGGAAGAGACCAGGAUCCUCUUGGGACUACGUUUUGUUUGAAUUCCUGGACCCCGCCGGCGAAUGGAUUGAGAAUUCCCCGUUCGGAUGGGGAAUGGGCCUCUCCCCCCCUCUCCGGUUUUGCUGGGGGGGGGAUGCGGGCAGGAGCCACCGUGACUGUUGGUGGGCUAGCCUGGGGACUGGGUGGGGGACAGCCUUCCCCGGUCCGUGACUUUUCUUCUUUCCUGCCCAAGAAACACAACAUUUGGGAGGCGCGGGGGG